UAUAUUUUAGUUACUUUUAUUCUGAUAGAAUUGGCAGACUGAUAGAAUGUGAUUUUGUAUUUUGGUGUUUCUGGGUUGGUCACGCUGAUAAAAUAAAAAUUGUGUUAUCUCUUGGAAGAACUCUUAUCAUUUUUUGGAAGAACUGCCCCAAACACCUUUUAUUAUAUGGAAAACAUGCAUUAUGCGCGUUCCAUGUAAUCAGUUCAGUGGUAGCGCGUUGUCGUGUAGUUUGCACUAAAACCGCAAUUAUUGUCAAGCAAAAGUCGAUUUGUUGUUAAAAAUUAAGAUUUAUUUUUGUAUUCUCUUAUUUGUGUGAAUUAUAACUAGUUAAAUUCGAUUUAGCGCCAUAGGUGCAGGUAUUUUUUGCCAUUAUUUUUACUACCGGUCCGAUUGGUGAAAAUCUCUGAAUUUUAAUCAUAAUAACUCGGUCGAAUUCUGUGAUAAACACCUAACAUAGUGCGUUUGUUACAAUUUGUGUUACAAUUGAGUUUUGUCUUGCCUGUUAAUAAUUUAUUAUAAGUUUUUAGUAACGGCCUUGGACAGCGGUUUACGGAUCUACGUUGUGUUAGUUAAUCUUACAAUUAGUAAACAAUCAAACACAGAAAAGGUUCACUUGUAAUCUAUACUGUAAUAGGUACAAGCAAAACUAUUAUGGAAGUUAUUAUGCAAGAACGCUUAAAAAAAAUUUACCAAUUUUAUGAGGACAAAGAAUUUUGUGAUGUUACCAUAGUUACUGAUGAAGGCUUAAUAAUAGAAGCACACAGAAAUAUAUUGGCUUCUGCGAGUCAUGUAUUUUAUAAGAUGUUCAGUGGACAGUUUAGAGAAAGAAACGAAAAUGAGAUUCUUAUAAAAGAAGUAGAUUCUGAAAUUUUAGAAUUGGUGGUCAAAUUUGCUUAUACUCGUAAGCUGGAUAUUAAAGAAAACAAUUGCGUGAAACUGUUGAUGGCUGCUGACAUGUAUGGUCUAGAAUAUAUAAAAGAGUUUUGUUUUAUAUACAUUAAAGAAAACAUGAGUCCUACAAAUUGUAUUAGUUUCAUGAAACAUUCCAAACUAAUAUCAGACGAAAAAAUUUACAAUUUUUGUUUGUCAUACUUUUUAAACCAUUUCACUACAAUUGUAAAUUCGCAUCAAGCAUUAGAAACGCUUUAUGACUUUGAUUUUGAUGAUGUUGUCGAGUUUAUUGCACGUGAUGAUUUAGUAAUUGAUAAUGAGGAAAAAAUAUUUGAUUUUAUCACUGGUUGGAUACGCUAUAACCCAGUUGAACGUAAUGACUUGUUACCGGUUCUUAUGAAAUAUUUACGUUUGCCUUUGAUUUGCAGAGAAGGAUUACAACGGAUUUAUAAUUAAUUUUAUUAAGUAUACAACAGAUUUUUUUACUAAUAAAUAUUAUAAAAUGCAGGUAUUGUUAUCGCAAAAAACGACACACUCGUGUUUGUGAAUAAUAGAGGUCAACUUCAUUGUGAAAGAUAUGACAGAGAAAAAAAUCAAUGGCAAUUGGUUGAAAGAGCAGGAAAGUACUUAUCAGACCUAACAAGUCAUUUGGUUACUUUUAAUUAUAUUACUCUUAAAUCCUAUGGUAUUCAAUUAUAAUACUACUUUUUUUCAAUAAUACCUUUUAGUGAAUUCAAUUUAGUCUUGAAAUUAUUUACACAUUUUGUCGUUGACGAUUUAUUCGUUUUAGUUAAUAACUUCAUUGUAAACUAUAUUACACUAAGAAAACUAUGACAUCUGGUUGUCAGGGCAGAAGAGAUAUCAAAUGUUUUUGUUACAAUAUUGCUUUUAACGAUGUUACUCUGAAAUCAUAUUAUGGUAUUCACUUAUAAUAUUACUUUUUAUUAAUUAAAUCCUAUGAGUAAAAAUUGGUUUUAAGAUUAUUUAUUUUUUUGGUCCUUUAUUUCGAUUACAAACGAUUACAAUAUUUAUGUAACGUUAGAGGUUGCAAUAUCCUGGAACAGUCGGAGGGGAAUCCCUUGGUUAGCCGCUGCUGUGUAAUACCUCUAAUUUAUUAUUAAGUUUUAAUUAUAAAUUAACUAGAAGGUACAAAAUAAAGUUAUGAAAAAUCUUAUUAUAGUAAUUACGAUUUGUGUAAAUAUGGCCUAUAAUUAAAUUGUAUCCGUCGACAAAAA